ACAGCGUUCAGACGUCUGCUGCACAUUUCUCGGGGAUAAACAGAAUACAAGCAUGUCCCUCUCCUUGACCUUGGUCACCAUUGUGACCUUGCUGUGCACCAAGAUGGCGAGCGGCCACGUCUGCCCCCACCGCUGUACCUGCUCCAACCGGAACCUGAACAUCGACUGCACGGGGCUGGCCAUGACGACCUUGCCCUUCAUCACCGCCUCCACGCUGACCUUGAACUUGUCCAAAAACAGCCUCGGCCCGGUCAUCAGGUCCGUGCUGCCCCAGAUGACCAACCUGACCGACCUUGACCUGUCCCACAACGGCCUGACCCAGAUCGUGUCGUGCACGUUCCGCGGGCUGGCGGGCUUGCGGCGGGUCCAGCUCCAGCACAACCAGCUGACCAACCUGACCGACUGCCUCUUCUCCGACUCCCAGGAGCUGGAGUACCUGGACCUCAGCCACAACCGUCUGACGCAGCUGCCGGACGGCGUCUUCAAGGACCUGCCCGCCCUCAGGUACCUGGACCUGUCCCACAACAACAUACAGCAGCUGCUCAUGGGCGCAGGCUUUCAGGUGUUGAGGAUCCUGGAGCAGCUGGACCUGUCCUACAACCACUUCAGCUCGCUGACCAACGCGUCCCUGGCGGCCGCCUCAGACUGGUCGUCCAGCGUCCCACGCCGCAGCCUGACCCUGGCCUUCUGUCGGCUGUCUGACAUCCAGGCGGGCGGGCUGUCCGCCGUCCCGCGCCUGUCCGACAUCGACCUGUCCGGCAACACGGAGCUUUCCCCCACAGGUCUGGCAGCCAUGCUCAAGGGUCUCAGACACCCGUCCUCUCUACAGACACUGACCUUGACCCACAUGGGUCUGAGCGCACUGGACGACGUGUUCCUAGAGCAGACCUUCGCCCACCAGCUGCUCAACGUGUCCUACAACAACAUCCGCGAGCUGCCCAGCGCCGUCUUCAGCAGCCUGCAGGACUGGACCAGGCUGGACGUCAGCCACAACCAGCUCGAGGCGCUGCCCGAGGGCAUCUCCGGCCUGGCCAGUCUGAGCAUGCUCAAUAUCUCCCACAACCGACUCUCCAGCUUCACGACCAGCCAGACGACGCACCUGGACAAGCUGGAGCAGCUGGACGUGUCCCACAACCGGCUGACGGAGCUGGCCCUCACGGGACUCACACAGCUGCGGGAGCUGAGGGCCGGCAGCAACAGGCUGCGCUCCCUGGCCCUGUCCAACGGCACGCGCCAGUUCCGGUACUUGGACUGCCGCGACAACCAGCUGACGCACGUCCCCAGCCAGCUCAGGUACUCGCAGGUCGAGAGCCUGGACCUGAGCGGUAACCAGCUGACGGCGCUGGGGAGAAACGUUCUCAAAGACGGCACGGCCAUGAAGGCGGCCAACCUGAGCGGCAACCAAAUCUCGGCCAUCGACAGCCAGGCCUUCCCCGGCCAGUCGCCGCUGUUGCUGGACCUGUCCAACAACUCUCUCAGCUCCUUCAACGCCUCCAGCUGGGCGGCCACCCAGCGUCUGCUGCUCCACCACAACAGGCUGGCCGCCAUCGGCGUCUUCGGCUUCAAGGGCAUGUCCAGCCUGGAUCACCUGGACCUGUCCCACAACAAGAUGGCGGCGCUGCACGAAGACCUGCUCCACAACAACAUGAACCUCCGCUCACUCGACCUCUCCCACAACCAGCUCGACAUGGCCCCCUGGGGCUUGCUCUUCAGGAACCUCGAGAACCUGGAGACUCUGGACCUGAGCGCCAACCUCAUCACGUUCCUCAACGUCUCCAUGCUGGACCACGUGACCCGCCUCCAGAGCUUGUCGCUAAGCAACAACCGCCUCAAGACCGUCCUGCCCAGCGUGUUCAGGCCCGCCAAGCUCAUGACGCGGCUCGACCUCUCCCACAACCCCUUCUACUGCUCCUGCGACAUGAUGGCAUUCCGCGACUGGCUCAGGCGGACCCCCAUCAUCGUGGUGGGCCUCAACUCAAACUCCAGCGCCUACGUCUGCCAAAACCCGCCGGAGCGUGCCGGCGUGCACGUGACCAGCUGGGACCCGCGUGAGUUUGAGUGCAACAGACAGAUGAUGUACGUCAUCAUCUUCAGCUCCAUCGGGGUCUUCCUGCUGGUCGUGGCGGUCGUGGCCAGCACGGCCUACCGUUUUGUCAUGCGCAGACGGCGGGCACGGCCGGCUUGGAGAAAAAACCUUCAAGUCAAGCUAGAGAAGGACUGGGGCCACUCCAGGGGCAAGCAGGACUUUGUCGCGGAGAUUUUGGAGUCCCACGACCGCAAUGGGCGGAAGUACGAAGUCCCCGACAGAACCCACGAGUACAGGGGCGCGCUCAGGCCGAGUGAGCAGGCGCGCAUGGAGAGGGGCUACAGGAAGGAGGGUGAGCAGAGGUACUCACGAAUGGACCCCGCCUACAGGAGGAGACCCAGCGACCACGCCCACAGCUGGGUGGGGCAGGGGCGUCUGGCGAGGCCCGGGCACGCUGAGCGGGCCGAGAGAGAUGGCCGCAGGGAGAGCGAUUACGUCAACGUGGGCGUGUACCCGCGUCACGUGACCGGGCCCAUCGUGCUCGGCGACUACCCGCCGGAGAGGAGGCGAACCCAGGAGAGGGGACAGUACUACAGGCCGCCCUACGCCCCAGCCAUCCUGCCUGGGCACUGGGACUACCAGGAGACGUGGGGCGGACCCAGGGGCUUCGACAGACCCAGACGGAGCGACUACUACUACACCCUACCUGCUCGGGGAAGUGAGGGCAGAGAAAUGAGGUCAGCAGACUACCAACAGGAAGUGCAUUUCGAGGAGUUUCCCAAGCGGCCGUCACGCAUGAGUGGUGACCUUGGCAUACCGCGAUCCAAAAGUUCCAGCCUUCUGCCCCAGGAAUUAGCAGACGACCUCAGCAAGAGGGAGCAGGCAGGGAGCGAACCCUACCAGCACAAGAAAGCCAUCUCCCAACCAUUCCUGCCGUCCAGCGGCGCGUCUGAUUGGCUGUAAGAGCAGCGGCCGAGCGCCCGUAAGAUCACGUGACACACUUUGUUGAUGGAUGUGAAAUAUCUAACGGCCAGAGAGCUUGACUCAUCAGUGACCCAAUGUGUAAGAUAUUAUCGUAAACAAUCAGUAGGAAAUAUUCGCUCAGCACAAGUAGGAAGUUAAAUCAGAAAAAAUGGGGGAUAUGCUCUCAAGUUUAAGUUGAGAAUAACAAUUUCCACUAGGACAUUCUCUUACAGGUUAACACAAUCUCAAUUUGGUUAAAGCAGGACAAAGGUUAUAGGGUCAAGGCUGGACAAAGGUUACAGUGUCAAGGCUGGACAAAGUUUAUAGGGUCAAGGCUGGAUAAAGGUUAUAGGGUCAAGGCUGGAUAAAGGUUAUAGGGUCAAGGUUGGACAAAGGUUAAGGGUCAAGGCUGGACAAAGGUUACAGUGUCAAGGCUGGACAAAGGUUAUAGGGUCAAGGCUGGAUAAAGGUUAUAGGGUCAAGGUUGGACAAAGAUUAAGGGUCAAGGCUGGACAAAGGUUACAGUGUCAAGGCUGGACAAAGGUUAUAUGGUCAAGGCUGGACAAAGGUUAUAGGGUCAAGGCUGGACAAAGGUUAUAGGGUCAAGGCUGGACAAAGGUUAUAGGGUCAAGGCUGGACAAAGGUUAUAGGGUCAAGGCUGGACAAAGGUUAUAGGGUCAAGGUUGGACAAAUGUUAUAGGGUCAAGGCUGAACAAAGGUUAUAGGGUCAAGGCUGGACAAAGGUUAUAGGGUCAAGGCUGGACAAAGGUUAAGGGUCAAGGCUGGACAAAGGUUGUAGAGUCCAAAAGGCUGCACUAUUCGUGUCAAAUGUACAAGUCAAGAUGAAAUCUUGAAAAUUGUGAAAAGAAAAAUUGUUUGGUAGUUUACAUGACUGGCUGGACCACACGACAUACCACAUGACAUACCACACGACUUACCACACGACUGCCUGGAGAUACAGCACAAGUUCUCAGAAUGUCCUCCAGUUCUUUGUUGGAUAAAUGUUGCUGCAACAUUAUAAGACAGGUCAGACAUACAACAAAAUCUUGGUGCAACAUUACAAGACAGGUCAGACAUACAACAAAAUCUUGGUGCAACAUUACAAGACAGGUCAGACAUACAACAAAAUCUUGGUGCAACAUUACAAGACAGGUCAGACAUACAACAAAAUCUUGGUGCAACAUUACAAGACAGGUCAGACAUACAACAAAAUCUUGCUGCAACAUUACAAGACAGGUCAGACAUACAACAAAAUCUUGGUGCAACAUUACAAGACAGGUCAGACAUACAACAAAAUCUUGGUGCAACAUUACAAGACAGGUCAGACAUACAACAAAAUCUUGGUUUAGUUGAUUGGUUGAGUUGCUGCAACAUUACA